CAGACGCCAUGGCGGUGGCGGCCGCGCAGGCGCCCUUGCAGCUCAAUGGAUUCCACUGCGCCGCCGCAGAGCCUGAUUUGGAGGCUGAGCUACCACGCAACUCGUUCUCACUGUCUCGUCACAUUGAGAGGUCGUGGGAUCACUGGAGACGCAUUGGAGCUCCGAAGUUCAUGGUGGCGCCCAUGGUGGAUCAAUCCGAGCUGCCCUUCCGGAUGCUGUGUAGAAAAUAUGGGGCCACUGGAGCCUACACUCCAAUGCUCCACGCUCGUCUCUUCUCGGAAGAUAGAAAAUAUCGAAACUACGAGUUCACGACUUGUCCGGAAGAUCGGCCAUUGCUGAUACAAUUUUGUGCUAAUAACCCGGAUACGUUGCUCGCAGCAGCAAAACUCGUGGAACCAUUUUGCGACUACAUUGACAUCAACCUGGGGUGUCCGCAAAGGAUAGCCAAGCGAGGAAACUAUGGAGCGUUCCUCAUGGAUGACUUACCUCUAGUUCAGGCACUGGUAACAAAGCUCGUCUCCAACUUGGACGUUCCAGUUUCGUGCAAGAUUCGGAUGUUUCCCAGCCUCGACGACACCAUCUCAUACGCAAAGAUGCUGGAGAGCUCGGGGUGCUCGCUGCUGGCAGUCCACGGCCGGACGAGGGAGCAAAAGUGCUCGAGAACAGUGAGAGCCGACUGGGAGGUGAUCCGAGCAGUGAAGCAGGCUUUGCGAAUUCCCGUUUUGGCGAAUGGAAACAUUCGCUCGCUGGAAGACGCCGAGAGAUGCAUCCAGGAAACAGGAGUGGACGGUGUUUUGUCUGCGGAAUCACUGCUCGAGAAUCCAGCGCUCUUUGCUGGAUACAGAACUUUCAAACCCAGUGACAGCGAGGACGACGAGCAGGGGUCGAGUAAACUUAUGAUCGAUCCUGUGACUUUGCUCAUGGAAUACUUGGAUCAGUGCGAGAAGUAUCCGGCUCCGGACAAGUGUAUCCGUGCUCAUGUUCACAGGCUGCUGGGUGAAUGGUUUCGAGUUCAUCCUGAUCUUCGCGAGAAACUGAACAGGGAACACAAGGUGGAUAGUACCUGGCUGAGGGAUCUGGGAAGGGAGAUGUUGGAAAGGAUGAGACCAAAGCUUGGUGAAGUUGCUGAGGAAGCCAGUGACUAAACUAAGAGUUUUCAAGAUUUUUGGACUCGAAGCACUCAGAUUUUUUCUUCCAGAUAUGGGGUUAUGUUUUUGGCGGAGAUGGUGAUUCCUGAUAAUUUUCUGAGUGCAGAACUUAUUACGGGUCAUUAGCAGACCACAAAUUUUAUGGUAAUCUGCCCAUAAACAAUGUAUAUGUAUAUGUAUUAUAUAAAUUGAUUUAUAGAUUUAAAUAUACAAAAGAUUGGUGAA